UGCCAAGCAUCACAGCCGCCAAGUCUAUCGAGACCAUCGAUCUCUAUGGCCUUGCGGCUAGCCUUGCGAAGCCCCCUAUCCCCUUUUGUCGUCUUGAAAUACUCCCCAUUCCUAUACGCACUCACGGCCUGCGGUUCAUCUGACCUCCCAUCUCGGUCUCCCUCGUUAUGAAUGCCCAGGGCAAUGCGUCGGGCCAGGGGCCGUCCAGAGAACCAACCUGCUUUAACUGUGGCGAGACUGGCCACUGGGCGAUAGCAUGUCCUGAGCCAAUAAGAGAGGUCCCUGCUGGACUACAUCGAAACAAUGCCCAAGCACAACACCAGGACCGACGUCAUUCAGGAUCUAGAGGGCAUCAUCAUGGAAGGCGCUCGGGAGAACCUCAUGGCUCCGGUCGCAUGAUAGUGACACGAUACGCCCCUCCACCUCCCCCACCACCACCCCCUCCGCCGCCCGGAGUGAGUGGGCCACUUGCUCCUCCGGCGUAUUAUACCGGGCCUCCAGUCCCCCACGGUCCUUAUCCCCACACGGCCGCCCCUCCAGCGCCUUACGGACCUCCGGCUCAUGAUAACUUCUACCCCCCUGCAACACCUCACUAUGGGGCCCCUCCUGGGCCACCGGUACACUCUGGUCCUCCUCAUGGGCCUCCUCAUGGGCCUCCUCAUGGUCCUCCUCAUGGGCCUCCUCAUGGGCCUCCUCAUGGACCGCCGGUACACUCUGGACCCCCUCCGCCCUACGGACAACCCGAUCCAUACCGACCUCCCCCUUCAUAUGUUCCACCGACAUUCGAGCAACCUGGAGGGUAUCAGGGGCCAUUGUAUCCACCGCACCCACCGCACCCACCGCACCCACCUCAUCCUGGAUACCCCCCCCCUCCCGCAACUAGUUAUCCGCCCCAUGCACCAUCUAGGUCACCAGCGCCUGUGUUCUCCCAUCAUUCGCCGCCGGCGCCGCCUUCCCUCCGUCCCCGUCCUUCUCAUACUCUUCCUCCUCCUCCGCCGACUGGGCAUUCUUUUUCGGCGACAAACCCGAAAAGACGUAGUCAUUCACAGCCAGGGCCCAGCCGUCCAUCUCAUCUUCCAGCGCCUCCGAGCGCAGGCCUCCCGCCGCGACCUCCUGUGCCUCUCCCCAGUCCGACGAAUAUGAAUUUCCCCAAGCAUCAGGGGCCUCGAGACAAGCACGGCCGUAACAAGAACAGGAAGAACUCCCACGGGAACGAACGGAAGGAUAAAAAUGUCCAUAAGACUAACGAUCAUCGCCAUGGGAAGAUUGUACCGCGCAAACCGGAAAAAGAGAUGGAAACCCCAGAAACAAGUAAGCCAGUCCCGGCAUUGUCCCCUGGGGAAUCUGUACGCGACAACAAGGACAACGGAGACGGUGAAGGCAACGGUAACGGUGAUGGAGAGGACUGGGAAUGGGAGUUUGACGCAGUAUUCAAAGAGUCCACCACCCUACACAAGCAUGAUGAGAUUGGCAAGGCCUUGCCGAGUCCCGCUGAUUAUCAUGAAGAUGUCAUGCUUCCUCCUCCGUGGAAUGCCAGCUGCAUCGAGUCGGAGUUCGUCAACGCUGACAACAUGGCCGAAUUCAGCCGGCCUAUCCGAGAGACACGUUUCUUUGAAGACAUGCAGGAUGAUCCGGCUUUCUGGAAGGAUGGGAAAAGACCGCCACCAGUGCCGCCGAAACGCAAGCACAAGACGCCGGCCGAGAUUCUGGCUGGGCCUUUCCCAACCGCGGAUGUAAGUGCCGGGCGUCCCUCGCGGAACAAACGCACGCGUGAGGAGUCCUCGCAUGGUCAUGGCGAAGAUGACGGACGUCCCCAAAAGAGACGGCAUUCAUCGGAUCGAUACGAGCAGCCGAGACAUCACCAUGGGGGGCCUCGUGAGCGGGGGCAAUAUGGAGGAUACCACCAUAAGAGACAUCCAACCGAACCUGGCCACUCUCGUCGAGCAAGCGGACACUUCUCAACCGAGGAUGCGAAACACGACGGCUCCGACAGGCGGCCUUCGUACUCGAGUGAUCCAGAUCCAGCACGGACCUUGCUUGACUCCCUUGACCGCGAAGAAGGGCAUCAGGCGGCACCCCGGCGGUACUACGAAGAGUCCCGCGGCGAUUCGAGGUCGCCGCCUCCAGAAAGUCGUCCACCAAGCAGGCGAAGCUCGCGGCACUCCAGCCCGAAUAGCCGACCUAGUUCACGGCAGUCUUGCGCGUCGUUUAGGACCAACGACAGCGAUCUUUCGUCCGUGGAGGCGGCUAUUCUCGGUAGACCGCAUCGGCCGAAGGAAGAGCGGGAGAAGGAUGGUACGAGGAGGGCGAAGCCCGCUAGGCCGAAGAAACGACCUGCUCCCAAGCUGAAUGACAUCUAUAGCCGCCGCUGGUAGAGUGCAGGUUCUCAUUCUUCAUUCGGGCCGCGGGGCGUUGCAUUCGUGUCGUGCCAUACAAGCAUCUUCCGAAGAAUCAUGGGCCUUGGGAUAAAAGAGACAUUCUCGCAAAACAGAGCGAUGAUGGUUUGGCCCCUGUACGCAUGCAUACCUAAUGAUUAUGAAAUGGAGUU